UGCUAUUGUUGGGAUGUUUACCUCAUCUUUGACAAACAUUCAAAACGACUAGCACUGAAUGUAAUGUACCUGUACCUAUGUUUGAUUAUCUCCCUCGAUGUUUACUUAUUGCAUGUUGCGUGAUAAGUCACGCGGUUGACUGUGAGACAUGCUUUGACAAUGGUCGUCAGUUGUAGGGAUGCGUGACAAUGCACCGUGACCGUAAUCAGCUACUUGGUGUGUAGUGGACUGUGAUGAUGCUGAACUUUUGAGACUUAUAUUUUUCCCUUUUCGCAGUUUUCAAAGAUUUUAAACCUGAAAUUGACAAAAUUUUGAUCAUAAGCAUUUAAUUUAUCGCUGUGCAACAUGAGUGCAUUAUCAGACAUUGACGAGAUCGACGACAUCGUGGAGAUGGUUGCCAUACUGAAGGCGCUAAAAAUCCCUAACAAAGAGCUGAGAACGUUGGACGAAAUGAGGCAAAGAGUGAAAGAGACACUCCGGUUGUCAGAGAAAAGGUCAAGUUGGACGGCAAAGGAGGCAUUUUCAGUGUUGACAGAGGCAAAGAAAGAAGACGAGGAAAAACGAGCAACCUUGCUCCAAUUCUACGAACGCACGAGCGCUUGUUUGGAUGCGAAGUACGAAAAUGUUCUUGCCCUUUUGGAGAAAAAUAUUGGAAACCUGUGGGAGAAAAUCGUUUCACACAAACAAGUUCUACAAAAGAAAGAGUACAUUGUGCUCGUUUCAGGCGAAAUAAGUUGAGGAAAAAGCACCCUCUUGAAUCUGAUCCUUGGGGAGCAACUUCUUCCUUGCGCCGUUCUUAGAACCACAUCCACCACCAUCGUUGAACUGAGAUAUGGAGAUGCGCCAAAGUUGGUAGCGCACUAUAAAAACAAAGAAUCUGGGAAUACCACGAGGACUGUUCAACUAAACAAGCCAUCUGAAGCCUCCGAGCUGAGUUACCUUCAACAGAUUUCAUCUUUUGUCCAUCUGAAGGAGAACAGAGAGAGGGGUUCAGAUUACGAAAAGAUUGAGCUUUUUUGGCCACACAAUCUGUUGAAGGUAAUCAUAAGAAAUAAAUAAGCUCAGUAAUCUCUUCACGUAAUAGACUCU